AUGCAUAACAUUUUACUCCACGAACGUCGUCGACUCUCAGCGCGACAGAUGCUUGGUGCUUGCAUAAUGACCGGAAUGCCAUAUACAAAAGGUGCUCGCUUUCUUUCUCUUUGUGGAACUAAACCCCCUGUGAAGAGUGGUGUCAUGAGACAACAGAGAUUUUGUGACGAUAAUAUUAGAAGACUUAAAAGUAUUUCCCUAAUGCUGUCGAGAAAGUCCUUCAGUAGUUACUUAUCCAUUGAUGCAAGAUGGACGCACAGGCGAAACUCGCCAAGUUGUACAGUAACUGCGCUCGAUGCUGUCACAAAAACAGUUCUUGCAUGCGUGAACAUCAACCAUAUUGGUGGAAACAGACAGCAUGCUCAGUAUUCCGGAGCUUCCAACAAUAUGGAAAGUGCUGGAACUCGAAUCAUCUUGAAGCAAUUAAAGAAAUACAAUAUCUUGAAAGAUGUUAAAGAGAUUAUUAAAGACCGAGAUAACAAAAGUGUCUCUGUCUUUAAAGAAUUUGGCGUCUCUCAUCUUGAAAGAUUCGAUCCAGGUCAUGUAUCAAAAAAUAUCUCAAAAGAUUUUACAAAGUUCUCAGCUUCUCAUAAGACAGUUGAAGUUUUCAACGACAAGACUCAGAAGAUUGAAAAAAAUAGAGAGACCUUUCUGGGGUCUGAAUGCAAGCCUAAGUAUGUGGCUUUGGUCAUGUUUUGCCGAAGAAAAUAUUGA